UUGUGCGUCUGCUGCUUUCCGUGUUGUCGGCCUCCUGUUGCUUGAGUAGGUGGUUCGGUGUGGAGUGGUUCCGUGACUAUGGCGGCUACUUCGUCCUGAAACAUCUUUGCUUCCCCGCUUGCGGCGACGUUUCCCGAGGAAUAACCGGUGACGUUCAAGGAUUUGUGCGUGUGUGAGUGUGAACGUGUGUUACCAACUGUUUUUCUGUGCCAUGGGAGCCUCAAGUCACCGUGAACUUUUCUUGUGGAUCGUCUUGUGUUCAGGAGCAGUGUUCCAACUUGUUCACGGACAGCCUUUACCUGCUGAAGGUCUAGAUGUCAAGGAGGGUAAAGCCCUGGAGCUACGCUGCAAGUUCAACCCUGCCUUAGCGUCGCGAAACAUACUUUACUUUUGGGUGCGAACCAAUACAGAAGGCACAGAGAAUGCUGCCAUUAGUGGGAGUGCCCUCUUCCCUCAUUACACCGUGGACUUCGAGCCCACGGAGGGGCGCUACGAUCUGCUCAUUUCUAGGGCCCAGUAUGAGAAGGACAAUGGGCGCUUUGAAUGCAGGCUGAAGGAAGCCGGCAGUGGAUUGGACGUGCACAGCAGCGGAUAUCAAGUCACCGUACUGAUUCCACCAGGAAAUCCCAAGAUAAGCCCUGGCAACCCGACGGCCCGCGAAGGGGAAGCUUUAGCGCUCACGUGCGCCAGUGAAGGAGGCAGCCCCGACCCAGAGAUCCAGUGGUAUCGUGAUGACGUGCCCGUGCAGUCAACCCUACAGCCAGGAGGAUCUCGCGACAAGCCCACCAUUGCUGUCCUCUCCCUGACGCCGAGGCAGGAGGACGACGGUGCUUCCUUCCGUUGCGUCGUUCGGAGCCGUGCUAUGGAGGAUGGUGCAAGACACGAGGCCAGAGUCACACUCAGAGUGUACUAUGCUCCCAAAGUCACUGUUGGUCCUUUCAAUCCACUUCACGUUAUGGUGGGCAAUGAUGCCACUCUCACCUGCUCUGUGGUGGCAAACCCACCUGCCCGUUCUGUGCGCUGGAUGAAGCGAGGUCAGCUGUUGUCAAACACUCCGAACCACACUAUUCCCGGUGUGACGCCGGAGGACAGCGGAACCUACUCUUGCGUAGCUGAUAAUGGAGUUCUUCAACCAACACACUCUGACCUUCAGCUGAGUGUGCUCUAUGGUCCACGUGUCAGUGUGCUCCCGGAGCAGGAAACGUCCCAGGGAGAGAAUGUUGUGAUCAAGUGCAAUAUAGCCUCUAACCCAGAGCCUCACGCUGUAUUCUGGCAAAGAGAAGGAGAUGCUACUUUUAGGCAGAAAGGAGACACACUGCGUCUGGAGCGUGUGACCGCUGACGAUGCCGCAACUUACGUGUGCGAGGCUGCUGUCCACAUGAGACCAUCCACGUCUGCUGUACAUACAGAAGUGAUUGGCAAUGACUCGGUCAUCCUGCACGUUCGACACAAGCCUGGAGAGGCUGAGAUCACACCCAACAGUCCAACAGCCGUCGCAGGCCGCCCCUUCACUCUAUCUUGCGGUGCCCGUCCUCCCGGGUGGCCUCGUCCUGAGUACCGUUGGUGGAGGGAGGGACAGGAACAUAUUCCCCUUGGCCACAGGGCCAACCAGAGCUUUCUGGCAAUCCACAACAGCCAUGAAGGACGAUACUACUGCCAGCCGCACAAUGCGCUUGGCAAAGGGUCUAUUGCUUCUGUCUACAUGGCAGUCAGUGAGGCAGCUACAAUCGUGAUCCCGCUGCGACCCCAGAUCGUUCGCAAGGCUGGUGACCAGAACCAGUCCAUUACAUGUCGUGCGAGGGGCAAGCCUAAGCCACGGGUACGUUGGACACACCGUGAUCAGGACAUUGAUGCUACAACUGCCGGAUUCAGCAUCAAGACAGUGGAGAAUGUGGAGGACAAUGAAGUGUUCUCAUCACAAAGCACGCUUACCUUUGAUCAUGCACUGACACCUGAGGAUCGUGGGAAGUAUGCCUGCCACUUCGACAAUGGUUUCGGAGGAGAGGCUGUAUCUGAAAUGCAGCUGCGGAUUGAACAUCCUCCACAAGUGCGACACACCUACAACCGUGUGGCAUUUGACAUUGGUGACACUGCUGUGCUACGCUGCAAGAUGCAGGCCUACCCUGAACCCUCCUUUGAGUGGAUGUUCAAGGGGCGCAUUCUGGAACGUUACGCAAACUAUGCCACCAACAUUACAAACCUUGGAGACGACCUGUAUGCUGGAACCCUGUCAGUGUCCGACAUCAAAGAAAGUGACUACGGAGAUUACACGUGCCGCGCCUGGAAUCAAGUGGGAGAUGUACAGAGGACCAUCCUCAAGCUUGUCAAAAAGAGUGCUCCUGACCGCCCAGCUCGUGUACAAGUUGUGAGUGUGGACUCUGACAAAGUGACGCUACAGUGGCUGGAAGGAUUCAGCGGUGGCUUUGCAAACACAGAAUUUGUGGUGACAUACACCCACGUUCCCUCUGGACAUACCAAGAACGAGUCCUGUCGUACACUGAACCCCUGCUCCAUCACUGGGUUGGAUUCCAAAUCAGAGUACGUGAUGAAGGUUGUUGCCGUCAAUCCACGCGGUUUCAGUCCUUACUCAGAAGAAAUAACAGUUCAAACCAAGGUUAACCUGAAAGAUAUGCCCCGUCCCCUGGCAGCCCAGUAUGACCGCGACUCUGGCACUGUGUACUUCAACGUGGAUUCGAGCGCAGAACGUCUAGUGGCCCGCGUGGAAGGCCGUCUCAGGGGCCAAGAAGAUUGGCAGCCACUGGCAGAGAUGCAGGUGGAUCGGCCUCAGCUGUCUCUGGAACUCCCGGAGAAUGGUCCCUCUGCUGACAGUUACGCUGACAUUCGGGUGCUCCUUUGCCUGCAGAGCAACAUUUCGUGGUGUGGGGAUGAACGCCUUGCUGAACCCUUCGACGAAUUUAUGCUGACAACUGAGACUAACUCUCACCCUGUGGGAGCCCCAGUGUCACUUAUGACAAUGAAGAUUGUCAUCAUUGUCUCCGUCACUGCUGGUCUCUUCUUCCUGCUUGUCGUGACAUUCGUCUGCUGUUGCUGGAAGAGAAAGGCUCAGAAAGUGAACAAGAAGGACUAUGAAUCAGAAGUCCAAAACGCCCGCCCCAAGGUUAUCAGUGCCCCAUACUAUCACGAUGAUGUCAGCAAGGGCUUGGACAACAACGGAGAUGACCUCAACAAGCAUGGCACCAACAUCUACGGUACCAGCAUGGGAAGCUCGCACAUCAUGAAUGGACACAACUCUGGGCACCCCAUGCAGAAUGGAAUGAUGUAUGGCUCGGGUGACAUGCUGGACGGUGCCCACCCAGGUGACAUGGGCAAGGGAGAGCUGUGGGUGAAAGGAGGGGACAUGGCACCAGAGUCCUCAUACCAGCCCUAUGACUCACGGCCACCUCCGUCCAGUUACUACUAUCCACAGGACGACUACCAGGGUCUCAAUGAGGAUGUUAUGAACAUGAAAAACAGAGAGCACCUACAUUCCCCGUACUAUGACGUAAGUGGCCUCCCGGACCCCUAUGCCACCAUGGGAGAUGAGGACAAGAACCCGCAGAUCUCUCUUUCCUUCGACGAAAGCCUCGAAUCUGGCUACUCGACCCCGAACUCAAGAAGCAGGCGCAUCGUUCGUGAAAUCAUUGUAUGAUGGAAAUUGGUCGAAAACAAAUAGUAUGGCAGGUUGGCUGUGACCACAUCCGCCACACAUGCAACGACUGGACUGUGAGAUGGCGUCUGUCCAGUGCUGUUGAAGUGAAUUUGUAAGUUCGAAAGUUCGAAACUAGAAGCGACUUAGAUGGCUCACGGUUGCGUGAGAAAUUGUGUGUGUGUGUGCAAAAGACCCCGUCGUCUGUCACGAUGGGAUGGCUCACCUGAACAAGGCUCACAGAGAAGAUGCGGGAAGAAGUGCAUUUAGUGCCUCAUCACAUCGAAAAUGGACUGCUGCUUCGCUGCAGUGUUGAGUGUUCAUUGGCAGCAGAGUAUGGACCACUUAUCGGCUACUUUGUAGAGUAUGUGUGUGUGUGCUGUUUUAGGCACGCUUGCAGUGGGCACAGCUGCGGUUGGGACAAACAGUGCACAGGGUGCCUUUCAUUUGACUGGAAUAUUUGUGAUUUUGGAAGUGUCUUAUAUGCAAGUUUGCAGGCAGAACAUACGUGCAGUAUAUUUUCUUUGCUCAAGUUUCUCCUGCUUGUGUCUUGUUUCUGUUGUUACCGUGCCUUCAUGUUUUAUUGUCAUCAUGUGGAUUUGCAUAGUGCGCAUUUGUGAUAGUGGUGAUGAUUGUGUUCCAGCCAGAAUCAAAGCUGCCCUUGCAGGAUACAAUAGCACGAGGGACAAAUGUGCCACAAACUUUCACUUCAUGUUGUUCCCUCACAUCAUUUCGCGCCUACUAGUAUUAAGCAGGAAGUUUGCAUUUCACACUGACCGCCUGACCAUGCUGGAAGGGAUACAGCCGUCUCAUUUUUAAUUACUGCAUUUUUCGAGUUUUCAAAUGCUUCCAGACUGAGCAGGGCAUGCUGAAACCACUCUGCUAAGCCUGGGGGGAAAAGCUUACAUGUAGCGUAAUGUUCACAACAGUUGGCAGCAUUCAAGUAUAACUGCUGCUGUAGUGUGCAAAGUAAAGAACCUUCCAAAAGAGCAGUCAUUGCUCCAAAUUGAACCCUUAAUUUCCGAGCCCUGCAGACUACAGCGCUGGCAUUGCUUGAGGUCUGGGCUCAAGCUUGUGGGACAGCACAUCCGCUUUCCCACGCGCCUCCUGGACCUGUUUGUAUUCCAGCUCCAGUAACCACUCUAGAAGUGCCAUGCUAGGCAUUCAGCGAAGUGGGGGAAGCGGAUAUUUUACAAAAAAAUGACACGGCUUAUCCUUCCUUUUCUUAGCACUAGCAAAGUUAUCUACUGCAUCCAUUACUUCUUUGCCACUUUCAGAAAUGUGGCCUUUUAAUAUUUUUCAUGUCAUCCCAAUCUUUUAGCGGUUUUAGCAGAUUCAUUCCCAGCCAAAUGUGCUCGGUCUAAUUGCCUAAUGGCUAUGUUCUACUCAAGAUGGGGGUGCCUCUACCAUUCCAUGUCUUGCCAAAUGCUGAGCUUACACUGCUGUGUUGCUCUUCCCGUGCGUCACACCACUAUUCUCGCAACUAGUGUACACUCUCAACACUAGUAAACAAGAUGCAGCAUGUGUCUUGCACAGUGACAUCUUUUGAGUAGAGCACAGUCCCAUGUGGCAUGCUGCAUUUUUAGUGAGUUCUCGUGUGUUGUUUGCGUUCCUUGUUAAGUGUACAUGUUUUAUGUUAAGUGUACAAUGCGUGUGUAAAUAAUUGUGAAGGUCAUACACGUGUAUGAGUUCCUUCUGUACAUGG